CCCCCGGGGCCGAGCGCGUCCCCAGGGCUGGGCGCGCCCCCGGGGCCGAGCGCCCCACCAGGGCUGAGCGCGUCCCCAGGACUGAGCGCGCCCCCAGGACUGAGCGCGCUCCGCCCCACCCCGGCCGCGUGUUCCCGCUGGGACGCAGCCAUCGCCCGCCCCCGGACUGAGCGUGCUUCCCAGGCCCGCGUCCACCGCCGUGCGCCCCGCGCCUCUUGCCCCCCGCGGGUGCCGGUUCGCGUGCGCAGGGCUCCCGGAGGCGCCGGUGUCUGAGGAGGGGGUCGUGCCGCCGCCGUGAGCCUCCGCGGGCUUCCGGGAGCGCCCUGGGAGCGCGCCCCUCACUUUGCCUCCAGGGCCCUGCGCCGCAGUUCACCUCCUUUCCUCUCUCGCCAGGCCCCGAGGGUGGAGGACUGCACAAGGUAGCGGCGGCGAUGUGGGGGUGACCGUCAGCGCGCGUUCCAGGACCGUGAGAGCGGAGGGCCCCCGGGCCAGGUGGACGUCAGUCGGGAUGGAAGCAGAAGGCUUGGAUUGGCUGUUGGUCCCCUUGCACCAGCUGGUGUCCUGGGGGGCAGCCGGGGCCAUGGUGUUCGGAGGGGUCGUGCCCUAUAUCCCACAGUACAGGGACAUCCGGAGGACUCAGAAUGCUGAGGGCUUCUCUACCUACGUGUGUCUGGUGCUCCUGGUGGCUAACAUUUUACGGAUCCUUUUCUGGUUUGGAAGGCAUUUUGAGUCGCCGCUCCUCUGGCAAAGCAUAGUCAUGAUCUUGACCAUGUUACUGAUGUUGAAACUCUGCACCGAAGUCCGCGUGACAAAUGAGCUGAACGUAAAACGCCGUUUCUUUGCAGACUUUGACCCUCGCCACUUCUGGCACUGGAGCAGCUUCGGGGACUACGUGCAGUGCGUCGUGGCCUUCACGGGCGUGGCGGGCUACAUCACGUACCUGUCCAUCGACUCGGCCCUGUUUGUGGAGACCCUGGGCUUCCUGGCCGUGCUGACCGAGGCCAUGCUGGGUGUCCCACAGCUCUACCGCAACUAUCGCCACCAGUCCACCGAGGGAAUGAGCAUCAAGAUGGUGUUCAUGUGGACCAGCGGGGACGCCUUCAAGACCGCCUACUUCCUGCUGAACGGCGCGCCCCUGCAGUUCUCCGUGUGUGGCCUGUUGCAGGUGCUGGUGGACCUGGCCAUCCUGGGACAGGCCUACGUGUUCGCCCGCCACCCCCCGAAGCCCGCCCCCCACGCGGCGCACCCCGCCAGUGCCAAGGCCCUCUGAGGCAGCCGGGGAGGAGGACAAGGACGCGUGGCGGUCUCCAGCCGCAGGCGCCGCCCGGCCGCCCGGCCUCCCCGUCGGGGCGGGCAGGCACCGUGGCCCCAGAGGGGUCUCAGCCGUCGGGAUCUCUGUCAGCCUCUGUGGGUCUGGGGUGGGCCGGUGGGGGGGCCUGGGUGCCGGCCUUUGUGCCCGCCCGCCCCGAGGACGGGCGCCGGUGGGGUUCACCGCGAGGGCUGGGCUGCAGCUGCUUUCGGGCGAUGGAAAAGCGAGCGUUCUCUUCCUUCCUCUCACAAGACGCCUGUCUGCAGCCUAGAACGUGCUCACAAACCCGGGAAAGGCUGACCUGGGGCUGCGACAGGACAGAGGACACCAUGAAGCCCCUCCGGAGUGCAGAGCCCGGUCUCAGAAGGGCCCGGGCGCAGAGCCCGCCUGAUACAUGUGGAAAGGAGGCCGUGAGGACGUACGUCACGAGUAUUCUUGAUUAUCCGGCCAGAGUUGGCCCUUUCGGGGCCACCUGCAGUGCAGCUGCCUCAUGGGACUCAGGACUCGGCCGUCAGCUCGGCAGUGGGGCCCAGGGCUGUCCUGUGGGCCCCCUGGGCCUCACUGCUACGCUGGCUUCUUCCUGGCAGGCACCGGUGUGGACCCUGCUGGGGCUCAGGGGUGUGGUGGGGUGCCGGUGGCCCGCGUGUGCUCCCAGGAAAGCCAGGGGCCCGCGACCGGGUCCCCCAAGGAGGGCUGCCUUGCGGGGCGUUUCCCUGUACCCUGGGGAACGCACGUGUCUGCAGCACAGAGCCUUCCAUCUUCAGGACGGGGCCGGUCUGCGGGCCAGGAGUGGGGACACGUGUGGCCCGUGUCCCUGCUGCCGAGCCAGUCCCACACCCCACACUCUGGGCCCUCAGGCCUGGGGUGACCUUCCGGGGUAGGGGGCCGGGCCCCGGCAUCUCUGCCCGCCGAACCCCUGGUCCUCCACAUCCCCUGCAUCUGGCUGCGGUGGGGGCUGCUGGGUGACUCUGGUCGCCCCGUGUUUCCCCCCUUCACUGUCACAUGAGCAUCUCAGCCGUGCCCAGCAGCCCUGGGCAAGCUCUCAGGCCCCCAGAGCCUGUGUUCUGGAUGCUUCCACGUGGCUUCCCUUCUGCUGGGCAGAGGGGCAGCUCUGGGGGGGGGGGGGGGUUGACCGGGGUGCCACAGCCCUAGUGGUGUCUGCUGUGCACAGCCGUUCCCUCCUCCAGAGUUUUCCUCAAAAACUCCUGCGUGUUUGAGCGAGGAUCCUGCCGAGUUAAUGGCUGUGAGAUGACCUGGAAAUGCUUAGUUUAUAAAAAUGAAGGGACAUGUCUGCAGCAGUAAUAGCCUCCGAAUUAAAACGUCACCGAUUGCAGUGGUGACCGGCCGCGCCCAGGUGGGGGGUGGGGGGGGCUCCGUUCUGUCAGUGUGGUGACUGUGAAUCAAUAAACCGCUCGCGGAUCCA